UUGGCUGAACUGCAACAGUAUCUCAAGGCGCUACCGUCCAACAUUCCUAUUCCAAAGGAAUCAACAUAUAAUUUUUCCAACUUCAGCCCAGAUCUCGAUUGGACCGCAGAAAUCGGAGAGGCUGCAGCUGUCAACCGAGAAUUAGAGGUCCGGUUUGGCAGUCAUGCUGGUGGCCUGAAAAUCAUGGAGCGAGGGCCAGAGACAGAAGCUGUUGUGGAUGUUCUCGAAACUUGGAUCAAAAAAUAUCCAGGCGAUAUUCUCUUAGAGAAGUGGACAUAUGACAUUCUCGAAGCUGCACGAGGUCUC